CUGCGGCUCUGUCUGAAUCGGGACCCCGGGGAGAUCCCGACGGACAGCAAGGGCUUCACCGCCCUCCACUUCGCAGCCCAAGGAGGCAAGCUCGCAUGCCUGCAGGUCUUGGUAGAGGAGUACAAGUUUCCUGUGGACCUGCCCACCAGCAAUAGCCAGACCCCCCUGCACCUCGUCAUCCACAGGAGCAACAAGGCUGUGGCACUCCCCUGCAUUGACUACCUGCUCAAGAAAGGGGCAGCCGUCAACGCUCAGACAUGCAACGGCUCCACGCCCCUGCACCUGGCGGCCCAGGAGGGCCUGCUGGGCUGUGUGAAGGUCCUGGUACAGAGUGGUGCCAACGUCCAUGCCCAAGAUGCCAUGGGCUGCAAACCCAUUGAUUUCUGCAAAAUAUGGAACCACCGUGCCUCUGCCCGGUUCUUGAAGGAUGCCAUGUGGAAGCAGGACAAGAAGGACCUUGCCCAUGAGAUGGGAAAACUGAAGAGGCUCAAGAACCGGCUGGUCCUCAUGGAGCAGAACUACCUGAUUGAGUGUCAAAAAGAGCAGAAUAUUCUGCGAGAAGCAGAUUUCAGGAAGUGGCUCCAUUCCAAGCUGCACCGAGGCCACGCUCUGGUCUCCAACACCAAGCAAGCGCAGGCCACCACCCUCUCCAAGACCCCAGAGGACGGGGCGUCAAAGUGUUGCAGGAGUUUCCACCCCUCCAUGGCAGCGCGCCUGCGGUGCUUAGCACAGCCCAGCCAGACGCCCAAGCCCACCUACAGGCGGCCCACCAUCAGGCGGCCCAUGAUCUGGAACGUUAGCAGCAACCCUGCCACAUACCCCAUCACCCGGAUCAGCUGCCCACAGGGCGUCCGCCUGGGCGUGCACCCAGAGCCCAGCCGGGAGCACGACUUCAGCAGCUUCCUGGAGGUGACGUCCGACGGGCACGGCGGUGCGCGGCUGCACACGGCCGACGGCCACUGGGUGGCGCCAGUGCCCCGGCUGCCUUUCGAGGUGCUGGUCCGCAGGCUGCGCCCGCGGGCGUGGCCGCACAGGCUGAAGGUGCCCCAGGGCCUUCGCCCCAUCAGCAUGAGGGAAGUGCCCCGGAAGCGGCACUUGGGCGACCACACUUUCUGGACCGACACUCUGGCCAUGAGCCUGCGUGAGACAUUUGAUGACGCCUUCCUGGGAGCCAUGAGAGCUCAUCAAGGGUUUCCCGCCCUGCCCUCCCCCAAAACCAACCCAUAGAGUUAUUCUGGUAGCCCUUCCACCCGAGGCAGCCC